AUGAUCAAAUAUUUUCCAAUAUUUGGAGCAUUAGUUGUGAUCAGUUUGGCAUCAGUGGCUAUUCUUCAAGCAGAGUUGAAUCAAUUUACUCAAUUGGAGUUGGGAACAGAGGUGAGAACAUGGGGUCGAACAGUUGGUGGAAAGAAAGAAUACUUGAAAGCUUGUGCGGACAACGAUAACUCGAACAAAUGCAUUCAUUGGAGUGAUGAGAAAGGAAACGUCAUCUCAUCAACGUCUCGCUCGAGAGUUUUCAACAACGGAUCACUAAUCAUCUACAGUUUUCAAAAGGCUGACGUUGGUGGAUAUUUCAGUCCGGAUGAGAGAGAACGCGUCGUUGAGCUCUCCGAGAACUCAUUCGGUGCUCUACCACGAACUUUAAUCAAUUUGAUUCAUAUGUUUGUU